AUGAGUGACUCUGUCAAGGUCGAUAUCGAUGUCGACUUUGAGCUGACGAAUCAUGAUUUAGCGGAAAGAAACAUCAUUUAUGAUCUUCUCAACAAUUUUUUAGAUGUUGGUGAUAUGACCAUCUCAUGGCAAACUCUUAAGUUAAUCUAUGGUCUCCAACACAUGAACCCACUACCAAAAUUUUAUGACUUGACCCGUCUGCGUGUUAUUAUGUCCUUGAACGCCUCACUAGAAGUAUUGCCUAUUGUUCUUGAGAGCUGCCCGAAUCUGAAACAUUUGAGUUUGGAACUCGUGAAUGAUGAUGAACCAGAGGCAGUUGUAACUAGUAUUUCGAAUGUGCUUUCUUUUUGUUUGGUAUCGUCUCUUGAAUAUGUUGAAAUUGAAAGCCCUGUGAUCACUGAGGAAGCAACGGAAGAGAAACUGAUAAGGUACUUUCUAGACAACGCGACAUCACUCAAGAAGCUCUCGAAAAGCUCGUUUGUGUCAGUCUGA